GGGAGUAUUGUGUAAUUCCACCGGGCAGUGCCAUGCCAUUCUCCAGUGCAUGUGAUGUAAGAGGAAAGCUGUCUGUGGUCACAGCAUGUGUUCUGUUUGCCUGGAGAUUUACAGCAGCACAGGAGUAAACAUGAAUUCGGAACACAGCGACAAAAAUAAACAACAACAGCUGGAAAAGAGAUGAGUAAUGACUGCUUUCAUGGACGCACUAGAGAAGAGGGCAGUAAUCUGCAUGCACACAGCACCAUGUUAAUCGUCACAUGCAUCACCAUGGCAAUGGAGCCAUAAUAUAAAAUCAGACACUACGUGACUGAAUUGAAGGACAACAAAAAGAAACCGAAUGUCAUGAGAUGUCAAUACUAUUGCCAACAAGUCAUUAUUCAUUCAUUCAGAAUUGCAACUACAGCCUUGGGUCAAAUGUGCUAUUAGCACCACGUUACGACUUGCACCUAUUCAAGAGCAGAAACGUUUGGACCAAGAUAAGGAUCCUUACAUGGUACACAUUUAAUUGUGAAAAAAUCCAGAAUUCCCUUUCAACCGUGGGUUAACCGAGUGGGCUACACCUCCCCUUCUAACGUCACACUGCCCUCCCCUCUCGGUGCCCCCAGCGCUUCCCAGUCUGUGGUUCACUCGUCUCUGUUUACCUCUACUAAUCCCUCACAUAGCCGUCUCUCUCACUCUCUCUCUCUCUCUCUCCCUUCCCCACAUUCUCUCGAUUGCUGUCUCUCCUCCCCUUUCAUGCUCAGAGCUAGCGGCUUGCCACACGACCCACACUGCCUGCUACAUGAUCUCCUGGAAAAUAGAGCUCCGUGUUUUUGUAGCUGCUUUUCGCUGCACGAGCCUUUGUAGAUUGCAAUCUAGGAGACAAGGAAAGAUGCCUUCACGACAAACCUGACUCUAGUCAUCUCCAGAUGCACCCCUGUCCCCUUUCCUAGUAUCUCACCCCCUGACCUUUUACCCCAUCCCCUCUCCUUUACCCUUCUCCAAACCUCCCUCUCUUAAUCCCCCCCAAACCUCCCCUUCACCUCGCACCCUCUUGACAAUGUUCUCAUGUGUACGCUGGCUUCAGCCUUUCCUUGCCUUGCUGUCCUCUACCUUGAUAUCUUGCGGGUACAACUGUCCAUCCAGCUGCUUGUGUCCGGACCAUCACACCGUGGACUGCACAGGUCAAGGGCUCACCCGUCUUCCAGACUCCAUCCCUUUGGACGUGAGGAGACUCCUUCUGUCUAACAACUGGAUUCCCUGGAUCCCUUCUGAUUUCCUGGUUCUCUACAGUGAUUUGGUCUAUUUGGAUUUAAGGAAUAACUCUUUAACGAGGCUGGAGCCUGGGACUCUGAGCACAUCCUCCAGGCUGGUCUAUCUGGACCUGGGGAGCAACAACUUGACUGAGAUCCCCUCUGGAACAUUUGGGGAGUCCCGUAGUCUGAUCAAGCUACGGCUAGGGAACAAUCCAUAUUUAAAUAUGGUCAGCAAGGACGCCUUCUUGGGCCUCACCUCCUUACGAGAGCUUGAGCUUGAGAGUAAUGCUCUCUCUGGCCUGGACGUUGAAGUGCUGAGCCAGUUGCCUUCCUUGCGGGUGAUACGACUGGAAGGCAACCCCUGGGUAUGCAACUGCAACUUUGCCAAACUCUUUUUGUGGCUUCUGGAGAAUCAACACAAGCUCCCAAAUGGGUUGGAGGGUAUGGAGUGCUCUCUUCCAGUAGAUGGGCAGCAGGUGUCCCUCAGCGAUCUUUCUGAGGACAGUUUUCGGGAGUGCCAGGGAUUGCUGACUCUCACUGAUUAUCUCAUAGUGAUUUUUUCUGGGAUUUGUAUUUCAGUGGCAGCCAUUAUCGCCAGUUUCUUUCUGGCUUCCACCAUCCACUGUUUCCAGCGGCUCAAAUCCAAAAGGACAGAUGAAGAGGAGGCAGAGGACUGAGGGCGGACACAAUGGAAGUUACAAAUUUCCCAUGAUGCACCGUUCAUUGGAAGCCAAGGGUUGGGAUAAAGAGGUGAACAACUUUAUUACCAUGACUAAAGAGCCCGGAAUUAGGCCCCUGUGCAACUAUUCGGAUUUAAAACCUUCUCUGUGAAGCAUCAUGUGGGUUUUUUUAUACUUGAACAUCAAUGAUUGAAUUGAGCCUUAAGACUAAAACUGUUCCUAAAAAUGCAGUUGAUGAAACCACUGUCCCCUGUAUUCAGCAUUAUAUUUUGACAUCAAUUAGCAACAAUGGUCUUUUUAUGGAAAUGAGUUAAUUAGUAUUUUCUACAUGAUUUAUUUUUUGGUAUUGUGUACAUGAAUCUUGCUCCGUUGUAGUAAGGUUUAGCUAAUUGCACUUUAAAGUAUACAGAUGAAGUAUUGCACACAAUCCCAGUGAGCCAUAAUGUAAGCCAGUUUUUCAUAUACCGCAAUGGCACUUAUCACCAAAGAACUAACAUGAGCAUAUUUGUGACAUACGUGUUUCUCAAGAAGGGUUCAGGCGCCAGUCAAUUAGAUUAUAUUAUAAAUAUAUGUGUUGUUGUUGUUGGUGACCUACGAUGACAUGCAGACUUUUUAUAUAGAAACCUAACUGUAGAUGAAGAUGGGUUGCAGUUAUAGUGAAUACUCACACAAGGUAUUUCAAAGGUUGAAUUAAAAGGGAACGUUUUGUCCGUUUUAUGUCAACUCUGUCUCAUUAAAUUCUUUCCUUUUUUAUUUUAUGAAAUGACUAAAUAAUAAACAUUGACGCCAAA